UUAUUUAUUUCAUCUUUAUGUUACUUAGGUUUUCGACCAAUUCUGUAUUUUCCGUUUCGUUAUAUUCUGUCCCAAUUUCUCAAAAUCUUUAAGUUCAGGCGUAACUUAUGUCUUUAUUCAUUACACUCUGUAGUGGAGCAAAGAAAGCAGCCACAAUUGCGGGGCUUACCUACUGUUGUUGUACAGUACAAUGAAUGAAAAAGAGGGGCUUUGAUUGCAGUCAGCUAUGAGGCUCGUAAAUUCGAGUUCAAUGCGUGGUGCUGAAGCGAAGGAGGUUUGCCCCGAAAUUCAGUUGGUUCAAGUGUCUGUAUUCCGUGGUAAAGCUGAUUUGAAUGGAUACCGGAAUGCAGGUUCUGAGGUGGUAUCUAUUCUUUCAAGGAGUGGCAGAUGUGAAAGGGCUUCCAUCGAUGAAGUGUAUUUUGAUCUUAUUGAUGCAGCUGAAACUAUGCUAGCUGAAAAUCCUCCUCAAAGCUUGGAAACAAUAGAUGAAGAAGCUCUUAAGUCACAUAUUAUAGGGCUAAAUUAUGAGGAUGGGAGUGGUGUUAAAGAAAAUGUUAGGAAGUGGAUAAAUAGGCACAACGCUGAUCACCAUGAUAAAUUGCUAGCUUGUGGGAUCCUCAUUGUUGCUGAACUCAGGAUGCGGGUUUUUAAGGAGACAAAAUUCACUUUGACAUUCAGAGCAUUAGGCAGAAAUGAUAUUGCUUUUGAGUCGACUGUUCGUCGCCCGGGGAAGGCCCCCGUAGGAGCCGUUCCCAGUCCGUCCCCCGGCCGACACGCGGCGACCUACUCUCGCCGCGGGAGCAGCUCGAGCAGUGCACCGGCAGUCGACGGGUUCGAGACUGGGACCCCGUGCCGAGCCCUCAAAGCCAAUCUUUUUCCCGAGGUUACGGAUCCAUUUUGCCGACUUCCCUUGCCUACAUUAUUCCAUCGACCAGAGGCUGUAGAGAGUGGGAGAGAGAGAGAGGGCCUCAGGCGAUCAGUCCUCCGGCGAGGAUUGGACGAUAUUUGUGGACAAUUUAAGUAA